CAUAUUUCAAGCGGUGGUCACACUGGUUUCAGCUAUUUCCUAUUAAAAAAAGGAACUCACAAUGAAUAUAGAAUUUGAUCACGAUUCUGACUGCGAAAGCGACAAAGAUUUUUGCCUUGAUGGCGAGACUCUGGGCCUGGGCACCAGCGAGGAAAGUGCCAGUGAGGAUUCCGAUAAAGAGUCGAAGAAAAAUGUUAAUAUUAAGAAGAAUUCGGUGGAUGUAAAAAAAAAAGACUUGUGCAAGACCCGGCAGUCUGACUGCGUUAAGAACUACCGCUUGACUACGGAUAAAGAUACGUUGCUGUCUGACGAGGAGACUGAAAAAUCACGUUCGGAAACACUGUGGGCUGAUUUCCUUAGCGACGUUGUUUCUGAGAGUCAAAACAACCAGGAAACCGUUCAUGAGUCAAAAAUCGCGUUGGAUAAAAAUGCCGCAAUAUGUCCUGAAAAUCUGAUGGAUGUACAAAAAACUAAAAACUUUACCAUUGCAAAGAAAAAUAGGGGUUUAAAACGACCGUUAAAUGAGAGUGGUGCCGGCUCUCUUAUUGCUAAACUGGAAAAAAAGAGAAAAUUCUCAGUGCUGGAAAAGUCUCAAAUGGAUUGGAAGAACUUUAAAAGAGAUGAAGGCAUAGACGAGCAGUUGCGUUCACAUAAUAAAGGCAAAGACGGAUAUUUGGAGCGUCAGGAAUUUUUGCAGAGAACAGAUUUCCGCCAGUUUGAAAUUGAGAAGAACUUGCGGCAAUCCCGUCGGCCAAAUUGAUACAAAAAUGAAUUGUGAUGCCAUCUUCUUUAUAUUAACUCAUUCCCCUUAUGAUUUAAAUUUGGUAUUAAAUAAUAAUUAUAAUUUUUUAAUUAAAACUUAUUUUGGUCGCAGCAGCAAGGAUAUAUCAACUUCGGCUUGCAGAUGUUUCCUUUAUUUUUUGUUGUUGGAGUGUCUUUGGCUUAGAAAAAAAAAUUAGUAAUUGGAGUAAUUUUUUUCUGCCUAGGUCAUACAUUUCCCAUUUACCUUUCCCUUCAUGUCCUUUACUAUAACAGCUACUUGUAUUAUAUAAAAAGUAUGACACAGAUAGGAUGAAUCAUUUUUGGUUUUUGAUGAGAAUCAAUAUAUCUAAAAGCAAAGAAAUUUAAAAUUUGGCCACGCCAACUAUAAUGCCCGCAAAUCGCAAAACUGUAAAGCAGGGGUGUCCAAACAUUGUUUGUGGCAGAGCAAACACCAAUACAAAUGCAAUGAAACAAAUGGAUUUGUACAAGAGUUUUUAUACCCUUGCAGUGGGUAUUAUAAUUUCAGUCAGAAGUUUGCAACGCAGUGAAGGAGACAUUUCCGACCCUAUAAAGUAUAUAUAUUCUUGAACAGUAUCACUAGGCGAGUCGAUCUAGCCAUGUCCGUUUGUCCGUCCGUCUGUCAGUCUGUCCGUCCGUUUCUACGCAAACUAAUCUCUCAGUUUUAAAGCUAUCUGCAUGAAACUUUCCCAAAAGUUGUCUUUCUAUUGCAGGUAGUAUAUAAGUCGGAACAAGCCGGAUCGGACAGCUAUAGCAUAGGACAGCUAUCCAUAGGAACAAUAAAAAAAAAAAAAAAUAAAACAAAAUUAUAACUUUGCUGUUUUUUUUUUUGGUUCUUCGACAUAUAGUAAUAGUUAAAUAUUUCCGAAUGACGGUUUAAAUUUCAUCAAAAUCGGACGACUAUAUCAUAUAGCUGCCAUAGGAACAAUCGGAAAAAAAAAAUACAAAAAAAAUACAAAAAAAAUUAUAACUUUGCUGUUUUUUAAUUUUUUUUUUAGUUCUUCGACAUAUGGUAAUGGUUAAAUAAUACAGAAUUACGGUUUAAAUUUCAACAAAAUCGGACUACUAUAUCAUAUAGCUCCCAUAGGAACAAUCGGAAAAAAAAUACAAAAAAAAUUAUAACUUUGCUGUUUUUUAAUUUGUUUUUUAGUUCUUCGGCAUAUAGUAAUGGUUAAAUAUUUUAGAAUUACGGUUUUAAUUUCAACAAAAUCUGACGACUAUAUCAUACAGCUCCCAUAGAAAUAAUAAAAAUAUAUAAAAUAACUAUCUAAUAAUUGAGCUGCAAAUCAUCAUAGCUUCAAUGUUUUUGAACAUAUACACAAGUAAAUCAUAAUUUUAAUGUUUUCAAAAAUAUUUAAUUCUUGCAAUAGCUGCAAGGGUAUAUGAACUUCGGCUUGCCGAAGUUUGCUUCCUUUCUUGCUUUUAUUUAAUCUCGUUAAACAUUUUUAUUGGGGAGAAAAAAAAUUAAGAAUAAAAUUGAAUGCUUAUCCAAAUUAAAUUUUAUAGUCCCACUUAUUAUAUGAACAAUGAAAUUUUUCUGUAAAAAAUAAUUUCAUCGCUGCAAUGGUGGCCAAUAUUCCAGCACCGAAGACAAAAAUUGAUUUCUGGCAGUGCAAAGUCUUCGGCAAUCCAACAACGGAAUGCCUUCGGAUCACAAAAUCGAACCUUGAAAUUUCCACGAGACAUUUCUACUUUUAAUGAGUUGUUGGUGUUUUUGAGUAUUCCAUACAAACAUAUACUCUAUUUCCUAAAGGCACCGGGGUAAAGCUAAAAAUACGAAAAUCCGAUGAUUGGCGCCAUUUUUAAUU